AUGGAGAGCCCCGAAAAGCCGCAGGAGGAACUGCACAGUCCUCACGCAGAACACCACGAGGACCAAACGCCAUGGCACGGCAUGUCUGCAGGCCGUUACAUCGGGACGCGCUUCACCACGUUGAAGCCACCGAUGCUGAGUGCGCCGAAUCCGUUGAGGUUGGUCGCGAUGAUCAGCCGCCGUCAAUGGGCCUUCUUCGCCGUCGCCUUUGCUGCCUGGACAUGGGACGCAUUCGACUUCUUCACCGUAUCUCUCACCAUUACCGAGCUCUCAGAAACAUUCGACAAAUCCAAGACUGAUAUCACCUGGGGCAUCACUCUCGUUCUCAUGUUUCGAUCUGUCGGCUCCAUCCUCUUCGGUAUCGCAGCAGACAGGUACGGCCGGAAAUGGCCCUUCAUCGUGAACAACAUUCUCUUCAUUAUCCUGGAGCUGGGUACGGGUUUCUGCCAGACUUACGAACAAUUCUUAGCAUGCCGCGCUUUGUUCGGAGUCGCCAUGGGCGGUCUCUACGGCAACGCCGCCGCGACGGCCCUUGAAGACUUGCCAUCGGAGACGCGCGGAAUGAUGUCCGGAGUGUUACAACAAGGUUACGCCUUCGGAUACCUAUUGGCUGCGGCCUUUGCCCGAGGUCUGGUGAACACCACCCCGCAUGGAUGGCGUCCUCUCUUCUGGUUUGGCGCGUGUCCCCCAGUUCUCUUCAUCAUCUUCCGUCUCAUGCUUGGCGAGACCGAUACUUUCCGGGAGCACAAGCGUCUACGAGAGGCAGCCGGCAGACAUGCGGCAGAAACGGGGCAGACGAAUGUCACCUCUACCUUCAUCAAGGAGGGCAAGGUUGCCUUGAAACGCCAUUGGCUACUGUUGACUUACCUCGUCCUCCUCAUGGCUGGGUUCAACUUCAUGUCGCACGGAAGCCAGGAUCUCUAUCCCACCAUGCUCACCAACCAGUUCAACUUCUCUGCCGACGCGGUCACCGUCACGCAGGUUGUCGCGAACUUGGGAGCUAUGCUGGGCGGCACGACGGUUGGGUACUGCAGUCAAAUCUUCGGUCGGCGAUUCAGCAUCAUCGUCUGCUGCGUUGUCGGCGGCGCUCUACUCUACCCUUACACGUUCGUUACGACGGAGGCUGUCAUGGCUGCCGCGUUCUUCGAACAGUUCUGCGUCCAAGGUGCUUGGGGUGUCAUUCCCAUCCACCUGAUGGAGCUCAGUCCAGGCGCCUUCCGCACGUUCGUCGUUGGUACUUCAUACCAGCUUGGUAACCUGGUCUCGUCUGCCAGCUCGACCAUUGAAGCCCGUCUGGGCGAAGACUUCCCGCUGCCGGCCAAGGGAACCACCAAGCGCUAUGACUAUGGAAAGGUCAUUUGCAUCUUCAUGGGAUGUGUGUUUGCCUAUGUUAUCUUGCUGACCUUCAUCGGACCGGAGCAUCUUCGUCGCAGCUUUGAUGUUGCCGAUGACUCUGACAUGCGGGAGGUCGCAGGAAACGAUACUAUGGACGCAGAGCUUCAUGGUCGUGAGGCGAGAGUAGGACAGUUAGGACACAGUGAUGAAGAGGUGGGACACCAGGAGAAGUCGGCUACUCAUCGUGAACGACUUUGA